AUGUCGUGCCUUGCUGUGUCGUGCCUUGCUGUGUCGUGCCUUGCUGUGUCGUGCCUUGCUGUGUCGUGCCUUGCUGUGUCGUGCCUUGCUGUGUCGUGCCUUGCUGUGUCGUGCUUUGCUGUGUCGUGCCUUGUUGUGUCGUGUCUUGCUGUGUCGUGCCUUGCUGUGUCGUACCUUGCUGUGUCGUACCUUGCUGUGUCGUGCCUUGUUAUGUCGUGCCUUGUUGUGUCGUGCCUUACUGUGUCGUACCUUGCUGUGUCGUACCUUGCUGUGUCGUACCUUGCUGUGUCGUACCUUGCUGUGUCGUACCUUACUCCUCCUUGUAAGUUAUAA